AAUGUCCCAGCAUUCCCAGGCAAGUCCCGGGUCUCAUCAUGGCAUGGAGAUGGGUUUUCUUAGGAUCCAACUGGGAUCUUUUCCCACACACAAAAUGUAACACUUGGUCUUGUCCCCAAAGGGAUAUGGAGAACAGACUAUGUCCUUCCUAUGCACAGCUGCCUCUUGCAUGCUUAAAAAUUGUUCCUGCAGCUUCCCCUCAGCUGGCUGGUCUUUAAAGGGAUGGCCCUGCUCUUCCAGCUGGAUCCUGUGGAGCUGUGCAACUCCACACCCUUCCCACCCUGGCCAGCUGGCACCUCCCAGCACUGUGCUGAGCCAUCAGGUAGCUUCCCACAUCAGGCAGAGUGAUGGCUGUGUUUGCCCAGCCUGCUCGAACAUGUGCUGCCAGGGUGAGCCUCAUGUGCCCAUCCCUCGAGGGUCUCCUGGGCUCUGCACUGACCCUCCUGGAGGAGCUCCUGUCCCAGGCUUCAGUCCCUCACCUGCACUGCUGCUGUUUGUUACCCUGAGAGGGGUUGGGCUUCCCCUCUGCUGGUUUCAGCUUGCUCAGCCCUGGACAUGCAUCCAGCUGUCUUCUGCAGUCCCACGAGAAGCAAGAGUGGCUCCUGCAGAGCCUGGUAUCCCUGUAGGAGACAGGGACAUUUGCAUUGUCCUUCUGGGCAAGCAUUUUUUAUCUCUGAACCGUGUCAAUACCAUUCUGAUUUUCCAUUCUGGCCUCCAGUGCUCUUUGGUGUCAACUGCAGCUGUUAGUGAGCAGUCACUCUGCCCCAUCCCUGAGGUCCCCAGCAAAUCAGUGAUGGGGACUGGCCCUCACAAACAGCCUGACACGUGCCACUGCUUCUGCACCGCCUCUGCUCCCAGCUGGGAACAGCAUCUGGGGCAGUGUCCCCAGUCCGGCUCAUGCCUCAGUCUUUCUGCUUUUUUUGACAAAAUUUGUCUGUGGCAAGCUGGAGCUGGCACUGCUCUCCCCUCAGUGCCUCUAGUGCUGUCUUCAGCUGCUGGACUUGAAGAAGCAAACCUGGCCUUGGUGCACAGGGGUCACACGUGCAAGUGGCUCCUUGUGCCCUGGCUGGUGCCCCCCGGGCUGUGCAAUAGUGCUGUGCCCUGGCAGGGUGGGAGACCCUCCAGCACCAGAAGUAAUGGACUGGCAUGAGGUUGAGCAUGACUGUGGUGGCCCUGCACCAACGCCACUAGCACCUCUGAGGGCUUUGCCCCCUGUGCUUGCAGCUCUGCUCCCAGCACGGCCACAGAGAGGGUGCUGCUGGCAGAGCAGACCUGGAGUACUCCAGUGCCGGGCGGCACAGGACACAAUGCAGGCACAUCAGCUGUGCCAUAUCCCAUGCUCCAUGUGGCAGCAGCCCCAACAGCCUGCCCUGCCCCACAUCGGGGCCUCCCUAGUUUCUUGGGGGUUGUUUUUCUUCCUACCCCAUCCUCCCAGCAUGCCAGUAGCCACAAGGGCAGGACAUGCUGCCUAUCUGAUAGGAGCAGUCUCUCUUGGCACUGCGGCCAGCAGCAGAGGGGCUGUGGCAUUGUGGUUUCAGGCACAGGGAAGUGCUGGUGAUGGGGCGGGGGGAGCCCCCAGCCAGGCUUCCUGAGCUGCACAGCCACCACUUCCCAGAUAAAGGUAUCGCCUGGAGGAGCCGCAGCAGCUCCCGGGACACUGGGAAGGAACGAGUGCGGCACGUGUGGCUCCGGCACACAGGCUGCAGGAUGGCAGCCUGCCUGUGCCAGGGCUGGCAGCUCUCACUGCUCCCUGCCAUCCUGCUCAGCCUCCGCAGCCCACCGUCAGCCCCUGAGCCAGUGACAUCCCAAGAUGCUGCACUGCUAGCAGCCAUGUCCGAGGACAUCCUCUGUUUCUCCCGCUCCUUCGAGGACCUCACCUGCUUCUGGGACGAGGAGGAGACAACAACUGGGAUGUGCCACUUCUACUACUGGUACAGCAGUGAUGCGCCCACAGCGUGCGUGCUCUCCACAUGGCACCGUGGGGCUGGCGGGAAGCGACACGUCUGCGUCUUCCCCAGCCAGGACGUGCGGCUCUUCGCCCAGCUCCACCUCCGCGUCCUGGAUGCCACCACAAACCGCACCAAGUAUCGGCGGGAGCUCAACGUGGAGGCAGUGGGUCUCAUUGCUCCCCCAGACAACAUCACCGCCCGCUGGGCUGGGGCUGCGGGGCAGCUCUGCGUGUCGUGGCAGCCACCACUCGCUGACUUCCCGAACUUCUUCCUCUACGAGGUGCAGUGGUGCCCUGCCAGCUCCACAGGGAUGCCCUGCAACACCACACUGAACCCCAGUGAGCAGCACCCUGGGGACCCCUCCACUCAGUCAACUGUCAGCACCCACACACCCAGGGCAGCCUCCCCGGCACUGGGGCAGAGGCUGGUCCAGGCCAACACCUGGGUGGUGCUGCGGGACCUGCAGCCAGGGGUGAGGUACCACAUCCAGGUGCGCAGCAAGCCCGACGGUACCUCCAUGGACGGCGUCUGGGGGCCCUGGUCACAGGCAGUGGCUGCUGAGACACCCCACUCCUCUGGAGACAUCGGGCUGUGCUGCAGCACCCCUGACCUGCGGCACGUGCGCUGCGAGUGGAGCUGGGACCCUGCAGAGCCCCACAGCUCCUACCAGCUCUUCUACCGGCCACCUCCAAGCGGGGCUGGCACAAGGGAAGAUGCAUGGCAUCAGUGCAAGGAGGUGAGCAGGGGGGCACAGGGCACCCAUGCCUGCACCUUCCAGCCCAAGGCUGGCAGUGCCAUCUCUGUCUUGGUGAAUGUCACCCGGACCCACUUGCUGCCCCCACUCAGCUACUUCAAGGAACCCUUUUGGCUGCACCAGGCUGUGCUCACAGAUGCCCCACAGAUUGCGCAGGCAACAGUGUCGCAGGGCCGGCUGAGCCUGCAGUGGCUGCCGCCCCUGGAGCUGCUGGCAGAGCAGCUGCACUACCAGGUCCGCUAUGCCACGGAGAACAGCCAUGACUGGAAGGUCCUGCAGGUUCCACGAGCAGCUAGGAAAGAAGUCCUGGACCUGCGGCCGGGGUCCCGCUACCACGCCCAGGUGCGGGCCCAGCCCAGCGGGCCGUGGUACCAGGGCAGCUGGAGCGCCUGGUCCAAAGCUGCUGUGGUUGAUGCCGUGGCUGAUGCGGGUAAGGGACGGCAGGGUGCUGCGAAGGGCUCAGGGAGGUGGGUCUGGGAAGGGCUACAGCUGCAGCGUUCCUCCCCCGAUGCAGGCUGGCUCAUCCCCAGCGUCACGCUGGUGCCGCUGCUCUUCUCAGCAGUGCUCCUGGGGCUGCGGUGCACCUUCCCCUCCCUCUACAGCAACGUGAAGCAGAAACUCUGGCCGCCCGUCCCUGACCUGCACCGUGCUCUGGGCAGCUUCCUCCAGGAAAGCAGCAAGCACGGCCAGGCCAGCGCCUUCGACAAGCAGCCGCCGGAGGAGGCCGUCCUGCCCUGCCUGCUGGAGGUGCUGCCCGGCCCGCGGCGCGAGGCGGGCCCGCCGCCGGAGCACGCUGGGGGCCGCCUGUCCAGCACCGACAUCGCCAACCAGUCCUACCUGCUCAUGAGCGGCUGGGAGCCGCGGGCAGCCCCCGGCGCCCCCAGCCCGCCAUAAACUCUGCUCCCCGCCCAGCACCGCCUGCUCCCUCCUUCGCCGCCCCGCCCCGGGGAACGCCCCGCCCCCGGGCCCGCCCCUUACACUGCACGCGCGGAGCGCCC